AUGACACCAGUGACAGCAGAAGAGAAGAGUAAGCGCAUGAUACAUACAGCAGGAUGCAUUAUCAUUGGCGAUGAGGUCCUCGGUGGCAAGACUGUCGAUACCAACUCGGCGUAUCUUGCCAAGUUCUGCUUCAAACUGGGCAUGAAUCUGAAAAGGAUAGAAGUGAUAGGAGAUGACGAGGGAGAGAUAGUAGAAGCUGCAAGACGGAUGAGUGACAACUACGACUUUGUGGUCACAAGUGGAGGAAUUGGCCCAACACAUGACGAUAUUACUUAUCAAUCGGUAGCAAAGGCUUUUGAACUAAAACUCGUGGAACAUCAGGAGGCUUUGGACCGAAUGAAGAAGCUUUCGAAACCGCAUCCUUCUCAACCCAAUUUCUCAUACGACGUACCAUCGCCUGCCCUGGAAGCAAAGAAACGGAUGAUAAGGCUACCAAUGGAUACUUCAAGAGACGAUGAGGGCCAGGUACUAUUUGUCGACGAGAGUUUAUGGGUUCCUGUUUCGGUUGUCAACGGCAACAUUCAUAUCUUGCCCGGAGUCCCCAGACUAUUUGAGAAGCUUCUCGAAGGACUCAAACCCGGUUUAGUACCACGGCUGACGGAUCCCGAAGGCAAGGGUGUAUACCGGAUACUGAUCUCUACUCCAAUGGCAGAAAGUGCAGUAGCGACUUACCUGACCGAGCUAGCAGGGGAAGUUGAGUCGAAAGGAGUCAAAGUUGGAAGCUAUCCACGCUGGGGAAGAAAGAGGAACUCUGUCACGCUUGUUGGAAGAGACGAGGAUUAUCUUUUGAGUUUAGUUGAGGAGGUAGAGAAAAAUGUGCAAGGCAAAAGGGUAGAAAGAGAAGAUGAGAUGGACCAAAGUGACGAUCCAGAUGAAUGA